AAAGCAGUUUGAGCCAGAAUAUCACUUUAGUGUGGACAGACACAUCAAUAUGCAAUUAACUUCACAAAAGCCGAGAAAUCGAAGAGACAAGAAAUUAAAAGGUCACAGUCGUUUCAUCAUUUGAAUACAGGGGGCGCUAAAUUCAAAAUGUCGCUGUCAUGCAACUUGCGAGAGGCACAUUUCCAUAAUUUACACUCACAAAGUAACGUCUACGGACUUGCAAAAAUAUGUUUAAGAAAUGACGUCAAUAAAUUACUAAUUGCAACACUUCGUGGCAAAGUCAUGUCCAUGGAAUACCAUCGACAAUUCAGCAGAAUCACUGCUAGGGAGGUUCACUUCACCUACAUCCCAGGCGAUGCUGAGAUUGUCUCCAUCGAUGCUUUCAGCAGGUCACAACAGUCCAAUGCAGUGGUUGUAGGAAUUACUUUUGUCAAGAACAGCAAUAACAAGCCAAGUCAGUUUCUCAACAUUUAUUCUGAUUCAGAGCCAGACGCUGAAUUUAAUUUGGAAAACAUAGCACAGGGCUGUUUUAAUCUAGAACUCAACUUUAUCCCAUUUCAACUGUGCCAUACUGACCUAAUCGUUGACGGCAAUAGAGAGACAGUAUUUCUCUUGAGCGGGAGUGACUGUCGUGUUCACAUGUAUCGAGAAGAUAAAGUCCUGCAUAUCUUCAAUCAACAGCCGAGUGAAAGAAUCUUCCCCGAGUUCUGUGAUUUACCAAGCCCUGUGAUAUGGAUAGAAAUCAAACAUAUAGAUGAAUAUAAGAGGCGACUAACAGCUAUGGGAUGCCAAAGUGGAUACGUGAAAUUGGUGCUAGUGAAAGUAGAAAGCAGAGAGGUGCUACAGACUUGGGCAGUCCAGCAUGAUGGUCCUGUCACAUCUGUCCGAUUAUUCAGUCUGACCACAGAUGUACCAGUUCCGAAUUUCAUCCAAUCAGGGCACAGUGAUCAGGAAUCUGUUGAUGAAGAGGUAACUGAGUCAGAACCAGAAAAGAAGACGACAUACGACUAUAAUCUGUUGGUGACUGGUGCUUUAGAAAUCUCGGUAGUCUACAGAGAUGUGCUGAAAAGUGGUUUGAGUGAUCAGAUGGUGCUCGGUGAAAGUGCAGACUACGACAGUGUGUUAUGCAGCUGUAUCACAGACAUUGACUUUGACGGUGAGAACGAAAUUCUUUUGGGAACUUAUGGCCAGGAACUACUUGUGUACAAGCAUCACCCUAAGCCUCCAACUCCCCAGGACUGCAGCCCAGAAGCUGAUAAAACACCAGAUACCCAAAUGAAGUCCAGGCUGGGUGGUCAAUAUUACCUGGACUGGCAAAGGAGCUUUUCGUAUCCUCUGUUAGCGAUGAACAAACUUGAUAUCACUCAUGAUGGGCUCAAUGAGGUGGCUGUUGUAUCUCUGAAUGGGCUUCAUGUUUUACAGCACAACUUAGAAGCUGUCUCCAAGCUCUGUCUGGAGAGAAUGAAGGAAUUAACAAGAGAAAGAACGAAGGAAGACGCUUUCCAACAGUUGCAGUCAGAAAAUCUGGACACAGAAAAUGAUACGUGAAAUAUCAUUUGGAAUCUAUGGACUAAGAUUCUUUGAUGCAAGUGAUGCAAACACUGUUGUGCCAGCCUAAGGACUGCUCCCGAUUGUGCUGUGCCUGGCCUUAUUACAUUAUUGAUUGUGGUGUGCCUGGCCUAAGGACAUUCUUGAUUGUGCUGUACCUGGGGAAGGACAUCUUGAUUGUGCUGUGCCUGGCCUUAGGACAUUUUUGAUCAUUUUGCACCUGGCCUGAGGACAAUCUUGAUUGUGCUGUGCCUGGCCGGAGGACAUUCUUCGUCGUACCUUGCCUAAGGUAAUUAUUGGCUGUGCCAGCUCUUAUAUAAUGGAAAAAAGUCAUUCUUUAAACAGUAAACUAUGAAAGGAACAACAAGAAAUAUUUUCUCUGUAUUAUGAAUUUGAGACAAGAUAGGUAGUAGGUAAUACAACUUUAUGAUGAUGUUAAAUCCUUUAGACAUGGAACUGAAACAAUGUCAUGUAAUGAUAUUAAACUAUGAGUAAACAUUGUUUUAUA